GCAACACACCAACGUCUCUACACUUCUUCCUCCUUCCUUCACCUUAUUAAAUUAACUUUGUAGCAAAAUGGCCACCGCUGCACCCACCACCACCACCUCUUCCUCCACAGCCAUGACGACACUGCUUCUCACGACACUAUUCUUUGCUCUCUCCCUGUUAAUCAAAAUUCGACUAAAAGCCCGCCAAUUCCGUGACAAAGCCAAGCAACUCCAGUUGGUACUCCCCCCCGGACCAGCCCCGUGGCCUCUUGUGGGCAAUCUCCCUCAAAUGCUCACCAGCAAACCCACAUUCCGCUGGCUGCUCCACCUCAUGAAUCAGCUCAACACCAACAUCGCAUGCAUUCGCCUCGGCAACGUCCACGUGAUCACGAUUUCGUGUCCAAAGAUUGGCCUAGAAAUACUGAAGAAACAAGAUGCUGUUUUUGCAUCUAGGCCGCUUUCCAUGGCGUCACGUACCAUCAGCGGGGGCUACUUGACAGCUGCUCUUGUACCCUUCGGCCAACAAUGGAAGAAAAUGAGGAGAGUGCUGACUUCAGAAAUUAUUUGCCCUGCGAGACACAGAUGGCUGCAUGACAAGAGAGCAGAGGAGGCUGACAAUCUCCUCAAGUACGUUUUCAACCAGUGCAAAAGCUCUGGGAGCGUAGUCAACGUCAGAACUGCAGGCCGACAUUAUUGUGGGAAUGUGAUUAGAAAGUUGAUGUUCAGCAAAAGAUACUUCGGAGCUGGAAGGGAAGACGGAGGUCCCGGUGUCGAAGAAGAAGAGCACGUCGAGGCUAUCUUCACCGCCCUCGGUUGCCUCUUCUCCUUUUGUUUAUCUGACUAUUUUCCAUUCUUAACUGGGCUUGACUUGGAUGGCCACGAAAAGACUGUGAAGGAAGUAGAUAGGAUUAUUAAGAAACAUCAUGACCCCAUAAUUGACGAAAGGGUUCAACAAUGGAGGCAGCCGAACCGUAACAAUGAUAAUAUUGCAGGGAAGGAGCCCCAGGACCUGCUUGAUAUUCUUAUUACCCUCAAGGAUGCCAACAAGGAGCCGUUGUUGACAAUAGAAGAGAUCAAGGCACAAACUGUUGAGAUAAUGAUAGCUGCAGUAGAUAAUCCAUCAAAUGCCGUCGAAUGGGCUAUGGCAGAGAUGAUAAAUCAACCCAAACUGCUGCAAAAGGCAACGGAGGAAAUAGACAGGGUGGUCGGGAAGGAGCGGCUGGUCCAAGAAUCUGACAUCCCUCGUCUAAAUUAUGUCAAGGCAUGCGCCAGAGAAGCCUUCCGCCUCCACCCAAUCGCCCCUUUCAACGUCCCCCACGUAUCCAUGUCCGACACCACUGUGGGCGGCGGCUACUUCAUCCCCAAGGGCAGCCACCUUCUCCUGAGUCGUAUCGGCCUGGGCCGAAACCCUAAGGUCUGGUCCGACCCUCUCCGGUUCGACCCAGACCGCCACCUGACAGGCGACAGCUCAGAGGAGGUGGCGCUCACGGAGCCCGAUCUACGUUUUAUCUCCUUCAGCACCGGCAGGCGUGGGUGCAUCGCCGCCACGCUCGGCACUGCGAUGACCGUAAUGCUCUUCGCUAGGCUCAUUCAGGGGUUCAGUUGGAGCCUACCGCCCAAUGUUUCCGGCAUCGAGCUCACCGAGGCGGAAAACGACCUUUUCAUGGCUACACCACUAGUUGCGCGUGUGACUCCUCGAUUGCCUCUUCAUCUGUACCCCAUCAAUUGACUUAUAUAACCCAACCAACUUUCCAUUUAUUUAAGCUUUUAUUUAUGCAAAGUAGGCACGUUUUAGGCUUUUACUAGAUUUCAAAAUCCCGAUAAUUAAUGUAUUGCCUUCAAUAUGUUUUUAAUGUAUUGCCUUCAAUAUGUUUGUAAGCAUAGCAGAGACUUAGAAUGAAAUAAUAA